GAAGAAUACGUCCAGGAGGGCAUCCGCUGGAACCCCAUAGAUUACUUCAACAACAAGGUCGUCUGCGACCUCAUUGAGAACAAAGUGAAUCCUCCGGGGCUCAUGAGUAUCCUGGACGACGUGUGCGCCACCAUGCACGCCAAGGGGGAAGGCGCCGACCACACCCUGCUGCAGAAGCUCCAGACGGCCUUGGGCACCCACCCCCACUUCAACAGCUGGAACAAAGGCUUCGUCGUCCACCACUACGCUGGCAAGGUGUCGUAUGACGUGGGGGGAUUCUGCGAGCGAAAUCGUGACGUUCUGUUUACGGACCUCAUUGAGCUGAUGCAGAGCAGUGAGCUGGCCUUCAUCCGAGACCUGUUUCCGGAAAGCCUGAACGCAGAGAAGAAAGGACGUCCCACCACAGCCGGCAGCAAAAUCAAGAAACAAGCCAAUGACCUGGUGGGGACCCUGAUGAAAUGCACCCCGCAUUACAUCCGCUGCAUCAAGCCCAACGAGACCAAGAGACCCCGUGACUGGGAGGAAAGCAGGGUGAAGCACCAGGUGGAGUAUCUGGGCUUGCGGGAGAACAUUCGGGUGCGCCGAGCUGGCUAUGCUUAUCGGAGGGCCUUCCAGAAAUUUCUCCACAGGUACGCCAUCCUGACCCCACAGACGUGGCCUUCAUGGCGCGGGGGAGAGAAGCAGGGUGUGGUGCACCUGAUGAAGUCGGUCAACAUGGAUCCUGACCAGUACCAGCUGGGCCGGACCAAGGUCUUCAUCAAAGCCCCCGAAUCGCUCUUCCUCUUGGAGGAGAUGCGGGAACGACGUUACGACGGCUACGCCCGCGUCAUUCAGAAGGCCUGGCGGAAGCACGUGGCCGUGCGCAAGUACAUCCGGAUGAGAGAAGAAGCUUCCAACAUCGUCCUGAACAAGAAGGAGCGUCGGCGAAACAGCAUCAACCGGAACUUCAUGGGCGACUACAUCGGUCUGGAGAACCAUCCGGAACUGCGGCGCUUCCUGGGCCGGCGGGAGCACGUGGACUUCGCCGACACAGUCGUCAAGUACGACCGGCGGUUCAAGACGGUGAAACGGGACUUGAUUCUCACCCCCAAACUCCUCUACCUGAUUGGCCGGGAGAAGGUGAAGCAAGGGCCGGAGAAAGGGGCGAUCAAGGAGGUCCUGAAGAGGCAGAUUGAGUUGGAGAGGAUUCAGUCGGUCUCCUUGAGCACCCUGCAGGAUGACUUCAUCAUCAUCCACGAACCCCAAUACGACAGCGUCCUGGAGUCCACGUUCAAGACGGAGCUGCUGAGCUUGCUGUGCAAGCGCUAUGAAGAACGUGCCCAGAAGCCGCUGACUGUCAGGUUCAGUAACCAGCUGGAGUUCAAGGUGAAGAAGGACGGAUGGGGCCCUUGGGGGGCUGCCGGCUCCCGGCAGAUCCAGUUCCAGAUCUGCCAGGGGGACUUAGCGCUGCUCCGCAACAACGGCAAAGUGCUGGUCGUCAGCAUCGGGCCCGGCUUGCCACGGAACGCCCGGCCCACCCGGAAGGAUAAUAGGAAGAGCCGGUACCUUGGUGGGGCACCUGCCCCUGGCUGGAAUGCCCCCACGGCUGCAGGCCCGAAGUGGAACAGCCGGGGAGGCGGUAGGCCCAGUCUCCAACAUUCCCGUCUCUCCAUGACCCGGCAAGUCAGCAUGGAGCAGCCCAGCCUGCCCCGGCAGGGGGCCAGCCCAAGAGCUAAAGCGGCCCCCACCCAUGUCAACCUGGACUUCAUGAACGUCCCGGACCAGGGCGUGGCUGGCUUGCAGCGGCGGCUCUCCAAGGAAGCCAAGCCCAUCCCGGGAGGAGGCCGGGCCAAGCCCAAACCUAAGCCCAAGCCACAGCCCCGACUCCCUCAGUGCCGGGCGCUCUACGCCUACGACGCUCAAGACACCGAUGAGCUCAGCUUCAACGCAGACGAGGUCAUUGAAAUCAUCAAGGAAGGCGAGAGCAGCGGCCGUCAGAAGAAGGCAGCCUGCCCGUCUGCAGUUGAACGGUUAGAAUCGAGCCUAGUGGCGCUCUAUGGUGCUACAAGACCCGAAUCUAACUGGCAGCAGAGGGCCCCUACAGGGUCCGGCGCCCAGCGGCUCGGGUCGACACGAGGGCAGGUUGAGCUGGGUGUCGAAGCCCUUGCCGCACACCGUGCAGGAGAGUUUUCCUUUGGCGUCCGGAGGGGAGCCCCCUUCGGGGUCAUCCCCGGCACCGGGCUCCUCCGCAUCGCCCGCCCCCCUCUUCUUCUUGUGGGUGAUGAAGCGGUGGCGGUUGAGGGAGACCUGAGAAGUAAAGCAGAGCCCACACUCGCGGCACUGGUGGGCGCUCUCGCCUGUCCGGUGCUGGGGGAUGUGUUCCUGGAAAUCGGCCGCCGUGGGGGCCACGUAGCCGCACUUUCGGCAGUGGUAGAGGGAUUUCCGGUCACCUCGAGGGCUUCCAACAUCGUCCUGAACAAGAAGGAGCGUCGGCGAAACAGCAUCAACCGGAACUUCAUGGGCGACUACAUCGGUCUGGAGAACCAUCCGGAACUGCGGCGCUUCCUGGGCCGGCGGGAGCACGUGGACUUUGCCGACACAGUCGUCAAGUACGACCGGCGGUUCAAGACGGUGAAACGGGACUUGAUUCUCACCCCCAAACUCCUCUACCUGAUUGGCCGGGAGAAGGUGAAGCAAGGGCCAGAGAAAGGGGCGAUCAAGGAGGUCCUGAAGAGGCAGAUUGAGUUGGAGAGGAUUCAGUCGGUCUCCUUGAGCACCCUGCAGGAUGACUUCAUAAUCAUCCACGAACCCCAGUACGACAGCGUCCUGGAGUCCACGUUCAAGACGGAGCUGCUGAGCUUGCUGUGCAAGCGCUAUGAAGAACGUGCCCAGAAGCCACUGACUGUCAGGUUCAGUAACCAGCUGGAGUUCAAGGUGAAGAAGGACGGAUGGGGCCCUUGGGGGGCUGCCGGCUCCCGGCAGAUCCAGUUCCAGAUCUGCCAGGGGGACUUAGCGCUGCUCCGCAACAACGGCAAAGUGCUGGUCGUCAGCAUCGGGCCCGGCUUGCCACGGAACGCCCGGCCCACCCGGAAGGAUAAUAGGAAGAGCCGGUACCUUGGUGGGGCACCUGCCCCUGGCUGGAAUGCCCCCACGGCUGCAGGCCCGAAGUGGAACAGCCGGGGAGGCGGUAGGCCCAGUCUCCAACAUUCCCGUCUCUCCAUGACCCGGCAAGUCAGCAUGGAGCAGCCCAGCCUGCCCCGGCAGGGGGCCAGCCCAAGAGCUAAAGCGGCCCCCACCCAUGUCAACCUGGACUUCAUGAACGUCCCGGACCAGGGCGUGGCUGGCUUGCAGCGGCGGCUCUCCAAGGAAGCCAAGCCCAUCCCGGGAGGAGGCCGGGCCAAGCCCAAACCUAAGCCCAAGCCACAGCCCCGACUCCCUCAGUGCCGGGCGCUCUACGCCUACGACGCUCAAGACACCGAUGAGCUCAGCUUCAACGCAGACGAGGUCAUUGAAAUCAUCAAGGAAGAUCCUUCUGGAUGGUGGCAGGGCCGUAUCAGGGGCAAAGAGGGCUUGUUCCCGUGGAACUACGUGGAGAAAAUCUGAGCGGAAAGC